AUGCUCGGUGUUCACCUGCCCCCGUCCGCAGCGGGGAACGCUUCCUCCGACUCCAGCUCCUCCUCGAACCCACGCUAUACCCCCGUUUCCAAUGGCUCAGAAGAGGGAUACUCAGUGUCGCAGUCCUUGAAAUCGUCUGUCGGGCCGCUUCGGCUGCAGACUAAUUUCGACAACAGUUCCGACGCCGGCGGGCCUGUGUCGGAUUUUGAAGGGGAGAAUGCAUACGACUCGGGUGAUGAGCUGGAAGGAAAGAGUGAACGUAGAGGACCAGAGCCAAGAUAUACACCGGAGGAGGAGAGGGAGGUAGUGCGGGCCUUUGAUAAGAGGCUGGUGCCUUUUCUGGCUCUGCUGUACCUGUUGUCGUUCCUGGACCGUUCCAAUAUCGGGAAUGCCAAGAUAGCCGGCCUUCAGUAUGAUCUUCAGCUCUCGUCUUCGCAGUAUGAAUGGCUCCUCACGGCGUUUUAUGUUACAUAUAUCCUCUUUGAGUGGAUGACACUAAUGUACCGUGUCGUUCCUCCCCACAUCUACAUCUCUCUCUGUGUAUGUGGAUGGGGCUUGGUGGCCUCGUUACAAUGUCUAGUAACCUCUUUUGAGGCUCUUGUCAGUCUACGUGCCCUGCUAGGCAUCGCAGAAGCUGCCUUCGGCCCCGGUGUCCCGUUCUACUUGUCACUAUUCUAUCAGCGCCACGAACUGGCCUUUCGAAACGGACUUUUCAUUUCGGCAGCUCCUCUGGCAACGUCAUUUGCUAGUAGCCUUGCAUGGUUAAUCGUCAAGUUUAGCAAUGACGGGCCCAUUUCUCCGUGGCGCGUUCUCUUCCUUGUUGAGGGGUUUCCGAGUGUGAUUGUUGCUGUCUUUGCCUGGAUCCUGAUCCCGGAUUCUCCUGGCUGCGCUCGAUUUUUGACUAGGCGACAGAGGGUCGUGGCUCGCCUUCGCCUCGAAAAGAGCGGGUCAGAAUACCAGCCGGAAGCAAAAGGUUUUAAUUGGAGAGAGAUACUGAGAACGGCGGCCGAUCCCAAGGCGUAUAUGGCCGCGGUCAUGUUCUUCAGCUGCAAUGUCGCCUUCAGCUCAAUGCCUGUAUUUCUCCCCACUAUCAUCAAAGAUAUGGGCUACUCUUCCCUCCAGGCCCAGGCUCUCUCCGCACCUCCCUAUCUAGUAGCCUUCGGAGUUGUCCUCGCGACAGCAUACGUCUCCGACAAAACCCGCAGCCGGAGCCCCUACCUCAUCGCCCACGCACUCGUCUCCUCAGCCGCCUACCUCGCCAUUGCUAUCACGAGCUACUUCCACUCCCACAUCCCAGCCGGCUUGCACACCUUCAUCCGGUACAUCUGCGUAUAUCCCGCCGUGGCGGGAUUCUUUUCUGCGAUCACUCUCAUCAUAACAUGGUCGAUGGACAACCGCGCCGAGAAAGAAGGUAAGGGUGCCAGCAUCGCCAUCCUCAAUAUCAUCGGCCAAUGCGGCCCUUUGCUCGGCACCCGCUUGUACCCCGAGGCCGAUGGGCCCUGGUACGUCCGCGGCAUGGUGACGUGCGCCUUCUUCAUGCUUGUCGUCGCCGUUCUGGCCCUAGCCCUGCGUCUGCUCCUGCUGCGCGCCAACCGCGCCGCCGUUUCGAACCCGGGUCCGAUUUACCAGGCCGUGCGGCGGGGCGAUGCCGCUGAUGGCGAGGAGCGGGACGAGCUUAUGGGCGGCGGGCGGCGGGAUAAUAUAGAGCAUCAUUCCGGCGCGGAGCGACUUGUGUACAUCAUCUAG